AUGGCCGCUGCUCACCCGGCCAGGGAACGGUUUGUCAAGUUCCUCGGCGGCUGGCUGGACCGCCAGCAAACGUUUCUGGACCAGCUCCUUAAACUGGUCGAAUCGCCGGACUACGAAAACAAGGAUGCCCGAGAGAGGAACUUAAUCGAACAGGUUCUGUCUCACUACCAGCAGUACUUCGCUGAGAAAGCCAGAACGGCGGAGGAGGAUGUGUUCGUCUUGUUUUCGCCGCCGUGGCUCAGCUCCUUCGAGCGGAGCUUGCUCUGGUUGGCGGGAUUCAAGCCGUCAAUGGUGCUGCGCAUGGUGGACAGCUCGGUUGAGGACUUGACGGCGGAGCAGGCGAGGGAGAUGGACGCGGUGAAGGGCGAGACGAGGCGGGGGGAGCGGGAUCUCUCGGAAACAAUGGCGAGGAUUCAGGAGAGCGUGGCGGCGCCGCCUAUUCUGGCGCUGGUGCGGAGGGUGGGGAGGCAGAUGGACGGGGAGAUAUCAUCGCUGGAUAUGGCGAUGGAGAUGCUGAAGACGGCCAUGCUGGGGGUUUUCGAGAGCGCCGAUGGUCUUCGCGGGUCAACGGUGAGGAAGGUGGUGGAGGUGUUGAGUCCGGAGCAGACUGUGAAGGUUUUGGCGGCGGUGGCGCAGUUUCAAUUGAGGAUUAGAAGGUGGGGGUUGCAGAGGGACUCGCAGCUGAGCUAA